ACUCUCUGCUCCGGUGUGAGUCCAUGGUGGCUGUGUGAGACCCCCCCCCCUCCUCCUCUUCCUCACUGCCUGUUUAAGAAGUGACGGAGGAGCUGAAGAUAAAACCAGACUAAAGAUGUCCUCCGCCGUCCUCUCUCCGGGGAGGGAAAUGACAGCGCUGCAGGCCAACCCAGCUGCCGUCCCCGCUCUGGAGAUCAAACUGGGAGCACUGGCAGUCCUGCUCUCCGUCACUCUGCUGUUUGGGUUCAUGCCGCUCUGCAUCGUGAGGGGGACGGGCCGCUGCAGCGUGGACCCCGAUUUGCGGCGCCGGCUCCUCAGUCUGAUCAGCUGUUUUGCCGGAGGCGUGUUUUUGGCCACCUGCCUGCUGGACCUGCUGCCGGACUACCUGCAGAGCAUCAAUGAGGCCUUCAGCAACGCCGGCAUCACGCUCCAGUUCCCUCUCCCAGAGUUCAUCGUCGCCAUGGGGUUCUUCCUGGUCCUGGUCCUGGAGCAGAUCAUCCUGGCCUUCAAGGACCAGUCGUCGUCGGUGACGGAGGAGCGUCGGGCUCUGCUGGUGGAAUCCAGCGUCCAGGCCAACGGGCGUCCCCACUCCCACUCGCACCGCCGCGGCUCAGACGACUCCAACGCCAGCCACUUCCACGUGGACUUCAACUCGCAGUCGGCGCUGCGAGCCUUCAUCCUGGUCUUCUCGCUGUCGCUGCACUCAGUGUUCGAGGGUCUGGCGGUGGGCCUGGUGGAGGAGGGG